AUGCGAGUGGAGCUUACAAUAUCUGGCAAGCGCGUCUCUCGUUGCAAUGUGCCGUGCGUGAACUUUCAACAAAUCCAGAUACCUCCAAAGCAGCGCGUAGUAUGUAAAUUUGUCGACGAAUCGAUGGCGAGCAAAUUAAACAUGCUGAAGAUGCGGCCUCUUUUGAAGAAGCUGGUGAUUGCCGGCGCUGCCGCUGGUGUAGGCGCUCUGGUGACUAUGCAAAUGGUGCCCAAGUUGCAGGAGAACAGAAGAAUGCGGAGAACACGAAUGCGCCCACCACCGUCGCCCGAGGAAGUGGCUCUCUUCAGUACGCCACUGCCAACUCGAGAGGCCAAUAUCGAGAAGAUGAUGAAGGGUGAUGAGAUAUUUGACAUUCUCGUUAUUGGAGGUGGAGCGACUGGUACUGGCGUAGCUCUAGAUGCCGUCAGCCGAGUGCGCUAUUUAGCUGCGUGGGUCAUAAUUCAGUAUGAUUUGAACAUUGUUGAUUCCACCACUAUAAUGAUCCCUAGCAGUGGAUCUAGGCUGCACUAUUAUGCAUAA